AUGCCGACAUACGUGGACAUCCAUGGCCUGUCUGGGGCGGUCCCAGGGGCCCCUGCUGAACACAUGGCAGCCGACAGUAAGAAGACUCCAGGCCAAUCACAUCACAUGGGUCUCAAAGAAGACGAUAUCGCAGGCAGGGGCGCCGGGGACACUCGUUCGACCUCCCCGCAGAAAUCUCUGUACACUAAGAUUGACUUGGAAUCACCUCGAGACUCUGAAGAUGAUUCCGAGAUUUCUUCGUUGUCGGACUGUCCCCAUCCACUGCCUUCAGCUUCCCGCUUGGUCCGCUUCUUUCCAGAGUUAUCCUCGCACUUCGCCAUUUUCUCCCCGGUCAGCGCUGAUUCCAAAAUGGACCACUCGACCGGGCCCUCUCUUUUCGAACGAGAACUAGAAGAACGCGUGCAGGCCUUAUACCGAGGCUCUGCAGACGUCGCCCCCGAUGCACAUGAGUUCGCCAACCAAAUACAGAUCACCCUCUCGUCUUCUGUAUCUGAUGAGACUUUGGAUUAUGCUUCAUCGUGCUACAGUCAUCGGAGCUCGGUGACUAGUGUCGGCAGCACGUUCUGGGGAGACGAUGGACAACACCCUUACAAAACGGCUGAUGCAUACUCGAUAUAUUCCCCUGUCGCCGCCGGUGUCUUUGACGAUGAUCGCUCCAUCUCUUCCUCACGGCCUUCCCCAAUAGUGGCGCCCUGCCACCUCCAUGUGUCUACCCUCACCCGUCCAAUCCCCAUCACCAAAAAGGUAUCUACAAAUGAUCUCAAGAACAAGCCCUUACCACUGGAACCAUCCUUCGGCCCCAGUUUAGCCCUAAGUCAUCCAUGUUACUCUCCCCUUUCCACAGUGUCGCCACGCGUUAAGCCACAGUGGUCAACACAAUUCUCUAAGAGAGACUCGCUGCGCUCGCUGCAACACCCCGCGACGGUAAGCCACAGCAACUGGAAGCAUUCCAUGUUACACCAGUUUGAAGGCGAGCGAGAAUCAAAAUAUCCGUGCCAUACAUGCGGACACAGUCAGCGCCAGGGCCGACAACGGUCAGAACUGGUGCGAGCUGGUCAUCGAGCUCGCCAUGUCCCAACGUUGUCGCAGGCCUCCGAAGAACUCGAGGAUGCCCUCGUGAGCUUGGCUGAUCAGGACUUGUCGCCCAAUACCGAUGGGCCGUUACAAAUCAGCCGCCACAAUGGGGACCUGAUUGCUACUCGGCCCGCACCCCUCCCUCCUUCCAUGAAGCCUCACUCGCAAGCUCCGAAAGUGAAGGCAAUGCUUAAGAACAGUCGGGUCAGCACAAUCAAAUCAAGAGCCCCAAGUCCAGCCAACGAAACAAGCCACAAACUCAGCAAGAGGGAGGCGAAACACAAGCGAUUGAGCAGGUAUAAAGAGAAGGAGAUGGUUGAAGAGACCGACGCCAGAAAUCCUUCAACUUUCAAAGAAACUGCCAAAAAGGCAAAGUCAAAGAAAUCUUUCCUAGCCUUUCGAAAGCAAAACUCAGUGUCGCGCGAUGCAAUGAGCGUCAGCUCCCAGUCGGAGGAUUCUUUGUACACGACAUUAGAAGCGCAAUCUUCUGAUCCCCUCGAUCUGGCCCCCAUGCGCAACAGCCUGUUACUUCGAUUGCCUCGUCUACAAACUAUUGAUCCCCGAAAUCCCUUGGAUCACUUUGCGGAACAAGCAGCGUUGUCAGGUAACCUCGGCCAAGUCGCCAUGGAGAACGUGAAACUCAAGGAGAAGCCCAUCACCUCUAACAUCCGUCAGAGCUGGGCUUUGGUCUCGACGGCUCAAGCAAGCAGCGUCCAACUCACUGAACAGAUCUACGAACUUCCCGCUACUUCGCCUUCACCUUCACCUGCGCUUCCUUCUGAGGUCGAGCGCAGUUUCCCAGUCAACAUCCCCCUCCCCGAAGAUAUGCCGGUGGAUUUGAUUCUAUCAAUCAUGCAGAGCAUCGAUUCUCUAGAUGACCUUUUCAACUUUGCCCUCAUUAACAAAAAGAUCUACAGCGCGUUCAAAGGUCGCGAGCUGUUCAUGCUGAAAAAUGCCCUGUUCAAAAUGUCCCCGCCGGCUUGGGAAAUGCGCGAGAUGAGUCCGCCAUGGGAAAUGGAGUGGCAGCUACUUGUAGAUCCCGACUCCCAGGUUCCGGAAUACACGCCCACACUGUAUCUGCAGAGGUACGCGCAGGAUAUCUACACCCUCGCCAAGCUAAAGGCGUUGGUCCUUGCGCGAUGUGCCCCGUUCCUCCGUCGUGAUACCAUUCGUGGUCUGGCGGGUGUGGAUAACAUCCGCGCCGAGGAAGUAGACGAUGCCUUUUGGCGACUCUGGACCUUCUGUCGAAUUUUUGGAUGUGGUAAGGGCCGGGAAAACGAUCUCACUGGCCAAAUGGACUGGUUAAAGGGGGGGAUCCAGGCGAAGAAUUAUUUCACCUCUGCCUCGACAAUGACACAGCCUUUUGGCAUCAAUAAUGUUCUGUUUGAACCGCCCGAGGGAUUCGGUCGUGGAAAUCUUUCCGGUCUAUCGCAGAAGCAGAUGUACGAUCUGACGGAGAUCUGGACGUGUAUGGGUGUUCUAUUGCAGCCGUUGCAUGGAAAGUGCAUUGAAGCUCGCAAGAUCGGCAUUUUUAAUGGCAUGAACGUCCCAGAAGGUGACCUGGCUCGCGAAGAGACCGUUCUCGAAGAGUGGACUUCCUACAUUCUCACGCUCGGUCUAGGCGCAGUGUUAACACUCAGCGCAGUCUGCCCAGCCGAUCCCACUGCCGCCACAUUCACCAAAGCAAAGGAAAUCGGUCUCGCCAAAUGGGAAUUAACCGAAACCGAAGCGAGUCGAUCCGCAUUCUUGAAAGAAGCAGUCUCACGCGCCUACGAUCUUCAAGAACGCACCUUCGACAGCCCGACCGAUCUCAGCCUGCGAAGAACGCGCCCGGCCGAAAAUGACCGGGAGAUCCGUGAACGCCAAGCUGGAUUCGCUCACGAGCUUCGUCGUCGUCGCCGUAAACGCGGUCUCGAUCCAGAUCCCAAAGGUCGCCUUUCCUUCUCCGCCGAACGCCCUAUGUCGGGAUUCAGCACUAUUGUUUAUAAUCUCAAUGCUUCGCUUCAAGAUCACCGGCCCAUUCCAUCUGUGCCUGCGCUGGUUCUUGACAGGUCCUCGACUUCGACUGCUGGAACGGCUCCUCAGACCCCGACUCGCCUGUCCGACCCUGUCGGUCUCUUUGCUUCGUCGUAUGCUCCCCCACCGGUUAUGAUGCCUCUGCCUCUGUCUCAGAGGCCGCAGUUUCUGGACCCUGUUGACCGCGCCAUCAACAUGAUGGUUAAUGAGCUUGGUUUUAGCACGCAAGAUGCUAAGUGGGCUCUGAAGAUCACGGAUACCGGUGAAGGAAUUGACGCUGCCGCUGCUGUGCAGCUGCUUCAACGUCAGCGGGAAAAGAAUGAGCGCAAUCCCCUUGGUCAAGCUGAUACCUUGCUGUCGGAUAGUAUCAAGCGUGAAAAGUCACGAGAGUCUGGCUGGCGCUGGGCUUGA